GAGGGAGGCUUUCUGAAGAAAGCGACCAUGGCGACGGGGGAUGGAGGCGAGAAGGAGCCGCCGAGGCGGAGGGACCCGCCCGAACCGAGCAGCGGAGACGCGGGGCAGCGGGACAAGAAGAAGACAAACAGGGGUUCUCCAGUGCAGAAAAGGGGACCGUACAUCAUGACCAAAGCUCCUUCUAUUCAGGACAAGCUACAGAAACAUCGCGAGAUGGCGAAGGCAAUGUUGCGGAGAAAGGGAGUGCUUUCGGGAGCUGUACGGCACCAACCCAAAUCAACAACCAAGAGGUCAGUAAAAUUUAACAAAGGCUAUACUGCUCUUAGCCAGACCUCGGAUGAAACCCUGGUGUCCCUGGAUUCUGAUAGUGAUGGGGAGUUGGAAUCACGAUGCUCCUCUGGUUACUCCUCUGCAGAGGUCAACCAGGAUCUUAGCCGCCAGCUGCUGCAGGAUGGGUACCACCUUGAUGAAAUCCCAGAUGACGAGGACCUUGACCUCAUCCCCCCCAAACCCAUUUCAUCCUCGCCUUGUUCCUGUUGCUUUGGGGAGUCUGCCUCCUGCUCCAUCCAGUAAGAGGUGAUCUUCCAAGGGAUGAACUGCACAGGUCAAGACAGCAGCACUUUCCCUUAACUUUGGGGUGUAUGGAUGCCUGACAGAGGCCAGUACCAAACCUUGGCUGAGACUGAUGGAGAGAUGGAGGAAAGGUGCUUUGGUGACUGGCAAAAAGGACAUCCCUUUGCACUGUUGGCACUUACCCAGGGCACUGGCUGUUCUCUCAAAGCUAUUUUUGAUGGUGCAAUAUAAAACUACAUUAAGUGCAAGUACUCAGGAGGCAAAGGACCAGCUAGUUAGCCUUGCAUUUGUGGGAAGGGGCCUUGUGACAAAGGAGAGGUCAGCAUAAAGACAAAUCACCCAGCUCUUUAAUUUGUGUAAAAGUGAAGGAUGACAAGGCAAGAUUCUAGUCUAUGAAACCUAGACUAUGAAAGUCUAGUCCGUGAAACCAAAACACUACUUAAGAUCUGAAUAAAGGGGAUCUUCCUAGUCUACUCAGGAUCCUUUACUGAACUUCAGUGCCUGGACCACUUUCUCUUAGGAUGGUGGUAUCCUUGCAGGGAAGACAUCUUGUUGUUAGUGACACAUCAAACAGAAUCUCCUCGAGCAGUUUGAUCCACUUUGUCCUUGGGGCCAGAUACCUCUUGGAGUCCCCUUGCCAUCUGACAGCUUUGGCAUCCAGAGUGAUUGCUUGUAUCCCAUUCCUUCAAGUUUCAAACGAGUUUGAGAAUCUCUACAAUCUUCUAGUUAUCCCUGAGGAUUCAGGAUUUGGUCUCAUGAAUGGAAACUUGGACAGUGGUCCUUUAGGUCCUUUCCCCCUAUCCAUUAAUGGAUGGGCAAGUACUUCUUGGCAAAGGAUGAGAGUUACAUGCUAACCAAAGAGACAUGUCUCAAGGAAGGUACUGAAUUCAUCAUGGAGGAAAAUGACAAAAAGUGGAUCGUUGUUGCUUUAUCUUGUUUUCUUUGUUGCGAAGUUUGUACUUGUUCAGACACGGUAUUCACACUGAUGUUGGUGUGCAUAACCUCCUCUCUGUAUUUAUGUAAUCAAGUGUUUAGAUCUUUUUGAAAGGUCUGUUAAUCUGACUUAAUUUGCAUAAAACAUUGACUCUCUUGACUCAUUUGCACAUGAGGGUCUCUUUGAAACCUAUAGGAAACAAAAUAUCCUGGCCACCAAAUUUCAGCCAGCUUGUAUGAGAAAGACAACUCUGUUUUCUGGUGUAUUCACCUGGUAGCAAAAUGCAUCCUAUUCAGAGUUACUGGGGCCUAGAUGCUUGGGAGGUUUUAUAAGUACAGUCUUUAUUGGCACUUGGGGAACCAGAGUGACUGUGGCACAGUGGAAAAGUGCACAGCCACAUGACAUAUUGUGCAACUGGUUUUGUAGCUGCAGAGUUCAGUGCUUGAGCAGAGGGAUGUUUAUAAGAUUGUGCCGAAUGCAGUAGGGAUAGGCUCUUGGUCCUGGUCCAGAAAAGCAACUUUUCUAAGCCCUGUCAGUAAUCCCAGAGAAUAGGAUGGAAGAAUCUUUCAGCAUUAUAUAAGUUUCUGUAAGCAAAAAGCAGGGAGCUUUUUCUUUUUUGUGGUCCUAUGGAUGGUAGGGAGGAGAUCUACUUUCCAGUAGCUUUAGGUAAGAUGAAGGAGAUACCCAUUUACCAUAAUUUGGCCACAACAUGAAAAUGAUUUGUGAACAGCAAGAACUAGUGAACCUGAAUCCAGCCAUUUUUGCUGCUUCUGUUGUCAGGGAUCUUACCUAGAUAUAACCUGGGCAGCUGGUGGAUCCAUGUCAUGGAGGCAGCAAAGCCGCUCUUCCUUUCAAUACUGCUGCUAAUAAAGUUACACCAAGUUUUAUAGGAUCUCUCCCAGUGUAGGUACAAUCCCUUCAAGGGCUUGGCACUGACAGAACUCCCUUCAGAGGGUCUGCAGGAUCCACUGGCCUUCCCUACGAACUGAUACUCAAGUAGCAGGAAGCCCAGAAGCCCUUGCACUAGUGCAACAGUAAUGCAACAUGAAGAUGUGCUGGGAUAGCUAUUCUAAACCAAAGAUGGCAAUGGCUUCUUCCUAGAAAACAUUUCAGUAGACAUAUGUUCACAGUGGGAUAGAGUGGCUUCUUUGCAGAGGUUGGGUCCUAGAUCAACAAUCUCCCUGCUUCUUCUAGACCAGGAGUGAGGGACCUUUGGCCCUCCAGAUGUUUCAGAACACGACACUUUCCCACUGGCUGUGAAGUUGAACUUCAAAACAUCUUGUCGGAAAGGGGACAGAGUUCUUCCAUUCCUGAUCUAAAUUUUCUUUGAGAACACAUUAAAAGGCCACUUGGGAAGUUGACAGGGCUCCCAGUGGGAUGAAUGUACUUGGAUAGCUUUGCUGUUUUAAGUGCAGUGAUUCCCAAUCUUUGGUCCUUCAUUUGUUUACCUCAGACCCCAUGAGCCCCAGCCAACUGGGGUUCAGAACAUUUGGAGGACCAAAAAUUGGGAACCAUUGUUUUAAGGGAUAGAACAUUGACAAAUGGCAGGAGACCAUAGCACAGAACAGUGUUUGCCCAUUGCACCUUUGGAGAAGAUUGCCAGCAAGUGGUGGGAAAGAGAAGUCUGGCAUUCUUUACCUACCUUUAUGUAGAGUUGGUUGCUGGUUUCAUUGGAGCAUUCGGGCAACUGGGUUCCCUCAAGUUGCUUUUUGUUUUAUAUAGGUGUUUCAAGUAGCACCUUCAGAGAUGACAUCUUGACUUUCAUGCUGAACUAGAGUUACUCUAAGUUUAGUCGCAGUGUAGUUUGUGGAGAAGACAAGCAGGGAGCAAAGACACUAGCAGACAGGGCAGAUACACAGCUGCUGGUUUUCUGCUGUGACCCAGGCCUUGCUAGCAAAGGAGUAUGUACUGUAUGUGUGUACUUCGUGGUGGUUGUUUUUUUUAAUUUUGCUUAUGUGGCAAUUGUUGGGAGAAAAGGGAGGUCAAUGACUGUGCCCAGUAGAGGGUGUUAAAAGCUGCCUUAAAAUACUCUAAAUGCAUUAUAUGAGGACAAUCGUAUUGAAUAUUUAAUAUUAUAUCUAUAGAGAACUAAUGUAUUUGACUUUUUUUUUAAUGUACAUUCUAAGCAAGGGAAGUGUGUAUCAAUAAAACUCUACCUUGU